AUGUUAUCGUCAGUUGGCGGUCUGGCUUCGCGCUGACAAUAUCGCGUUCCGUGCUCGCCGGUCAAGCAUCGCGUAUACAUACAUCGUGCCCGGGUCUGGUGUUUCCGUCGACGACAAAAGCCGACGAAGAGGAUUCGAAUCGAGUCUCGGCGGAAUUCCGUCGCCGCAAUUAGAGUGAACCAACAUGUCUCCGUCCAUCGAAUCGUCGCCGAUCCAGAACCUGGAGGAGCUGCUGACCCAGAGUCUGGGUUCGAAUUUCCUGAUAAAGAAUCUGGAAUGGAAGCCGCUGACAGCCCCUGGGGAGAACUUCGGCAGCAUUAUUCUGGCGCUGAACGUGACAGUGACGCGGUCGAACGAUACAGAAACCUUGAACCUCGUGGCCAAACUACCGCCCACGUCGGAGUACUUGUUGGAGCUGUUCGACAGCCCUGUCACGUUCCAAAAGGAAUUGGAGUUCUACGGCGCGCUGACGCAAGAGUUCGAGAAGCUACAGCUGGAGAACGGAAUAGACGAGAAGGACCUGUGCAUCGUGGCCCCAAAGUACUUCGGCGGAAGACUGGGCCUGCGGAACCCGAACGAGUUCGACGAGCAGGCGGUCAUCAUUUUGGAGAACCUGAAGUACAACGGCUACGACACCGCGGACAGGAUACACGGGCUGGACAAAGAGCACACGGAGUUCGCGCUGAAAGCGCUGGCGAGGCUGCACGCCCUGACGGUGGCGCUGAAGCUGAAGAAGCCGCAGCUGUUCGAGAAGAUUGCGGCGAUCGUUAUGGAGGACAAUCCGAACGAUACGACGCUGAGAUGCCUGUACGACAUGAUCAAGAAGGCGCAGGAUGACCUGCACGAGAUGGAAGAGGCGAAGCCCUAUCUGGACCGCGUCGACAGGACCUUGGAGUACUGCGAGCAGGAGAGCAAGAACGCCAAGAAGCCGGAGGAACCGUGGGCGACGCUGGUCCACAACGACUUCUGGGUGAACAACAUGAUGUUCAGACACGACGCCCGCGGGCAGCUCCUUGGCGUGAAGAUCGUCGACUUCCAGCUGAGCGUCUACGACUACGGCAUCAAGGACCUGAUCUUCUUCCUGGUGUCCAGCGCGAACAGAGAGGUCCUGGACCAUCAGCUGGACCACAUGAUCGAUUACUAUUACGACAGCUUUGUCAAGUCGUUGAAGAAGCUGAAGGUCGACACGGAGAAGUUCUCGAAGAAGAAAUUCGACGAGAUCGUGAACUACUGCGGGCCCGUCAAGCUCAGUCAGUGCCUGAUGAUGGCGCAAGUGAUUCAGGCGCCGAAAGAGAACGGCCCGGCGUUGGAGGACGUAACAAAAAGCGUAUUCUUGACGCGGGCAAGCGACAACGUGUACAAGCAAAAGAUGCUGCACAUCGUGCAGCUGUUCGAGAAACGAGGAUGGCUGUUAGAAUAGUAUUCAAUUCGGUUGUUAACGCGUUGUUAGGCAAAUUGUUGUUAUUCAAGGAUUAUUUUUUUAUACGCGGACAUACUUAAAAGUACAAACACGACGACAACGAAUGCAUGUUUUAUAUAUAAUAUUGUAUUGAUAGUAAAUUGUACUUGUACGAGUGCUGCUAGUUCACGCAUAUAUGUAUAUACAAAUAUACAGAUACACGUAUAUGUAUAUAUGUAUAUGAUAGAAGACAUUAGGGAGAAAUAAUACAUACGUGGUAUCUGAGAGCUGCAUUACACGAAAAUACCAAAUAUAUAAGAAUUAUUUUUUGAACGCUUUACAAGAGUUGUACACAUCUUCGAUAUAUACAGAAAUAUUUCGAUGCUUCUAAAUAUAUUAUUGCUUGUUACGAAAUCCGGUGACGAACGUGUAAAUAAAUAAAAUAUAUUUUUCGAAAAUAA